AUGGCUCGAAUUCCUCACAAACAACACAUUUUUCUUCUGUUCGUCAUCGUCUCGAUCGCAUGCGUAUCAGCGUUCAGACCCAAGACGCAGGAGCUGAUCGACACCAUUUGCCGCAAGAUGGAGGACUACGGGUUCUGCAACAAAUGCUUCUCCGAACACAUAUUCACCCCGGAGGCCGACAUGCACGGCCUGGCUCAGAUAGCCAUCGCGCAGAGCCUGAGCAACACAUCCACCACGGUGGUUUUCGCCAAGCAAACCAUGCGUGCUGCGACCAACCAAGAACUGGUGGAUUAUCUCAAGCUCUGCAUCAAUGGGUACCUGAAGAUUUUGGAUAUGAUAGAGAACGCGGACAGGGUCUUUGGGGACAACAACUACAACGCCGUGUUGACCGACUUCCUGAACUCGGCGAAGGUGCUAGCGACUGAGUGCGGGCAGUACAGCAACAGCCAUGGGAUCAGAAAUCCUCUUUACGAGAAUAACAGAGAGGAGAGGAUUCUUGUCAUCAUGACUGCUACGACUGCAUACAGUCUGCUUCAUUGA